CACCUGUUCUAAGCACAGCGUUUAUCCACAUCUCACUGGGGAGUGAUCAUAAAUUCCUAAGGUGGGGGAAAUUCCAAAUGAAGAGUUUAAAUUCAGUGCUUGUGAAUUCAUUUCAACCAAAGCUCUUCAGAACUUGCUCUGUGUGGAAUACCGCUCUCUUAACAACACUUCAACUUUUUGUUUGAGAUACUGGAGCGCUUCCACAGAUCCAAAGAUGGGUUGCCAUAAAAGCAUCUCUUUUUUGAGUUUAUUCAUACUCGUUGGCUUUCUCAUGGAGACCGAUGCAGUGACUUGCUGUCUUAAAUACAAGAAAACCCCACUACCCUGUCGAAUACUAAAAGGCUACGAUAUACAAGCAACGACUGGAGGCUGUGAUCUUGCAGCGAUCAUAUUCCACACAGAGAAAGGAAAAUUAAUCUGCGCUGACCCAGCACAACACUGGACGCAGAGGAGAGUUUCAUGUCUGAAGAUGAAGGCAGCAAUGGUGAAGUCUGGUGGUUUUUAAGUCUAAGAGGCUCUUCUGGAGAUAUUUUUUAAUUACUUUGGACUGUUUUCCUCUUUAAUAAAGAGAACUUAUAUUCUUUAUACUGGCAUUACUGUACUUAAUUGCACUUUCUUGUACAGAUUAUUUAUAGAGGGAAAAUACUAGGUUACUAACUAUACUGUAUAUAUUUUAUAGCUCUUUGUAUUAAGCUGUUAAUUCACUAAUUCAAUAUUUUUACUAAUUCAAAUACUUUUUAAAUGUUACCUAUAAAGACUGAUGUAUUUAAAGGAAUUAUAUAUUUGAUAUUGUUCACAAAUGGCUCUUAAGGGUACAUGUAUUUUGGGCUUUAGUUUGUGUAAUGAACUCUUUAUUUAGUCAGUGCUGCCCUCUACUGUUACUGUUAACGCUAUGCCAGUACGACAAAGUAGGAAAUGUUUUUCCAUCUUUUAAACGUAAUAAACAUUUUAUACAAUUGUGUCGAUAAACUGUUUUUGUUUUCUGUUACAUUUGACUUAUAUGUUUUUUUAAAUAAAGUCAUUAAUUUCAC